GUGAGAGGUGGUCCAUACGUGAAGUAACCAAUUUUCAUACAGGAUCAGCCGCCCUCGGGAUUUUUCCACACUGGUCGCGCCUGUCUUUUUGAAGUUGGUGCUCCGAAGGACUAUCUGAAAAUAAAAAUCAAUGAAGGAGAGAAGAACUAGUCAGAAAUUGUCACUUAAAUCAGGGAUGGAUCCCAAUCAGAGUGUUAAAUGUAAAAUAGUGGUCGUGGGGGACAGUCAAUGCGGGAAAACCGCUUUGCUGCACGUCUUUGCUAAGGACUGCUUUCCAGAGAACUACGUUCCCACGGUGUUUGAAAAUUACACGGCCAGUUUUGAGAUCGACACGCAGAGAAUUGAACUGAGUCUGUGGGACACUUCAGGUUCGCCGUAUUACGACAACGUGAGGCCCCUUUCCUAUCCAGACUCCGACGCUGUCCUCAUCUGCUUUGACAUCAGCCGGCCGGAGACCUUGGACAGCGUCCUGAAGAAGUGGAAAGGAGAGAUCCAGGAGUUCUGUCCCAACACAAAAAUGCUGCUGGUGGGCUGCAAGUCGGACCUGCGCACAGAUCUCACCACACUGGUGGAGCUGUCCAAUCACAGGCAGACGCCGGUGUCAUAUGAUCAGGGUUCAAACAUGGCCAAGCAGAUCUCCGCACCUUACAUCGAGUGCUCAGCCCUGCAGUCUGAAAACAGCGUGAGGGACAUUUUCCACGUGGCCACCUUGGCCUGCGUCAACAAAAACAACAAGAACGUCAAGCGCAACAAGUCGGCCCGGGCCACCAAGAGAAUCUCGCACAUGCCCAGUCGGCCGGACUUAUCUGGGGUGUCCUCGGACAUGCGAAAGGACAAAGCCAAGAGCUGUACGGUCAUGUGAUUGGAACGUCCCAUCCUGGUUUCGUGGACGUAGGGCGCAGGUGGGCCAGACUUAAUUAGGUGCAAGUACACCCC